AUGCACUCACCUCCUAGAGAACAGCCUGCCAUCAUGCUCUGGAAACUGGUUGAAAAUGUCAAGUAUGAAGAUAUCUACGAGGACCGGCAUGAUGGAGUGCCCAGCCACAGUUCCAGGCUGUCCCAGCUGGGAUCCGUCUCCCAGGGACCCUACUCCAGCGCUCCUCCGCUGUCUCACACCCCAUCCUCGGAUUUCCAGCCGCCUUAUUUCCCACCCCCCUACCAGCCUCUUCCUUACCACCAAAGCCAGGACCCUUACUCCCAUGUCAAUGACCCCUACUCCCUAAACCCCUUGCAUCAACCCCAGCAGCACCCCUGGGGACAGAGGCAGAGGCAAGAGGUGGGAUCAGAAACCGGGUCGCUGCUGCCACAGCCUCGGGCCGCCCUGCCCCAGCUCUCGGGACUGGACCCCAGGCGGGACUACCACUCAGUAAGGAGGCCAGAUGUCCUUCUGCACUCAGCUCACCAUGGCCUUGACUCCGGCAUGGGGGACAGCCUUUCCCUGCAUGGCAUCGGACACCCAGGGAUGGAGGAGGUCCAGUCAGUUGAAGAUGCCAAUAACAGCGCUAUGAACUUAUUGGACCAGUCUGUCAUUAAAAAAGUUCCGGUUCCUCCAAAAUCUGUUACUUCUUUGAUGAUGAAUAAAGAUGGCUUCCUGGGUGGAAUUUCAGUCAAUACCGGAGAGGUGUUUUGCUCUGUACCUGGCCGUUUGUCUUUGCUUAGCUCAACUUCAAAGUAUAAAGUAACUGUGGGAGAAGUUCAAAGACGCCUUUCUCCUCCCGAGUGUCUGAAUGCAUCCCUCCUAGGAGGAGUACUUAGAAGAGCCAAAUCGAAAAACGGGGGGAGAUCUUUGAGAGAAAGACUAGAAAAAAUCGGUUUGAAUUUACCAGCCGGCAGGCGUAAGGCCGCAAAUGUCACUUUACUCACCUCCCUGGUGGAAGGUGAGGCCGUUCAUUUAGCUCGGGAUUUUGGGUACAUCUGCGAAACGGAGUUCCCAGCCAAAGCUGUUUCUGAGUACCUGAACCGACAGCACACGGACCCCAGCGACCUCCACUCCAGGAAAAACAUGCUGCUUGCUACAAAGCAACUUUGUAAAGAAUUUACAGAUCUCUUGGCCCAGGACAGAACGCCCAUUGGAAACAGUCGGCCCACCCCUAUUUUGGAACCGGGCAUUCAGAGCUGCUUGACUCACUUCAGCCUCAUCACUCACGGCUUUGGGGCCCCUGCUAUCUGCGCUGCCCUCACGGCCCUUCAAAACUACCUGACUGAAGCUCUCAAAGGCAUGGACAAGAUGUUCUUGAACAACAACACUGCUAACAGGCACACAUCUGGCGAAGGACCAGGUAGUAAAACUGGAGACAAGGAAGAGAAACACAGAAAAUGAGAG